AUGCCGACAACGACAUCGAGAACAUACACGUCCGUGCCCUCGUUUGGCGCCGUCUUUGGAGCAGAGCCACCACGCAACCUUACACACAACCUGCCACCUGCCCAGACAACAGACCACGACCCAAGUACCGUACAUGGCAACAAUGUAGCACAACGCACCUCGAGCGGGAACACAACACACGGCGCUCCCUUCUCCUCCUUCCACAACCACCACGACUCGCGCGACAGCAACUCGACCGCCUCCUCGGACAAUUCACCCACCACCACCAUAUCCACCAUGGACUCAUCAUCCGUAACCGACCCUUCGCCAGGGCCGUCGCCCGAGUCGCCCGUGCCCAAGAGCACGAACCACUCCUUCGCCGCUGAUUUCAGGGCCCGGAGACCGGAGACGGCAGACGGCACAUCCUCCACAACCAACUUCUUUGAGUUACAACGACCCGCGACCCCAGCAAAGAAGGCACGCAAUCUGAAGAAUCUGGGUAUCAACACCACGACUUCGCUCACCAAUCUCCGCGCCCAGGCUCCCGCGGCUCUGGCAGCGCCAGACAACAAGGAGAAGAACAGCUCUGCACCGCCCUCGCCUUUGUUCAUCAAGCCUCCAACACCACCACGAAGACGGCCGUCGAACCUGAGCUUAACAAUAGCAACCCCUGGUAUCAACGACAACAAGCCUACCCGACUCGUCAUCCCUUCUACGCCGUCACUUGGCCGACCAGCCUUACGUCACUUCCAGUCGUCGCCCUCCCUGCCAUUAUGCUCACCAAGCGUUGCCCCAGCUGGCGGAAUGAAACUACCCGCCCUGCGUCCAAUCGUAACCAAGAGCAGUGGCUUGUCAGAAGUGCCGUUUGAGAUGGAGGAGGAAGAGGAGGAGCCAAACUUCGACAUACCGCAAUCAAAAGAAGAGAAGCCUGCUGCAUACCCCAACGGACCCAUCUGUAUCUACCCCGCUGGUGUCUACCUCUACUUCGAACCGACCGCCGAGCAAGCUGCGACCUUUGACGUGAUUGUCAACGUUGCGAGCGAAGUCCAGAAUCCAUUUACAUCAUCUAACUCUGAGUCUCAGAAAGACCUGAACGCUAGGAGAGUCGAUGGACCGGCGGCGGAGAACGUUGAUUUUGCCGCGCUGUCACAACAACCGAAAUCUACGUUUGGCUUCGGGAAUGAUUCGCCGACUACACCCAAGGCUACGCCCCCCGUUCUACAGACGAUACAGCCUGGUGAAACCGUGCUCAACGGUAAGACCUAUCGUACGCCUGAGUAUAUCCACAUGCCAUGGGAGCACAAUACCGACAUCGUACCCGAUUUGUACAAGUUGGUCAAAGUCAUGGACGACCGAGUGAAGCGAGGGAAGCGCGUGCUCGUACAUUGCCAGUGUGGUGUCAGUCGUUCUGCCAGUUUGGUCGUUGCUUACGGCUUGUACAAAGAGCCCGAAGUUAGCGUUCAGGAAGCAUACGACAAGGCCAAGAAGCGCAGCAAGUGGAUCGGGCCCAACAUGAAUCUGAUCAUGCAACUUCAGGAGUUCCGCAAUGGCCUUCUUAGGCAAAACCAAAACAGCCGUUCGCAAAACCAAGGCUUUGGGAGAAGGGUUGGCUUUCCUUCCACGGCAGCUACCAAUAACAGGUUUUCUUGUCCCAAUCCUGAGAGAGACGACGUUUCGGGGUCGCGCGUGCCCCAGACAGCUCCAUUGCCACCGGACACCGACAUGAGCAUGCAGCGAGCCAGUACGGGCAAUAUGAUGGCCAUUUCUCCUGGACCGCUCUCCGCUCCUAGUGGUGCGUUUGGCGCGCGAUUCCGUAACUCUUGGGAUUCGAGCCAAUCCAACUUCGACCUCUCCCCUACCUCCACACCAAACACUAUCCCCUAUGUCGAUCCCAAGGGGCACGUCGUACCUGUCGUCGAAGUCACAGUCAACGGUCCUCCUUUGACACCAAUGGAGGUUCCCGCUAUUCCCGAGAUUGUACACCCAGAGCCGGAGCCUACGUUACAAGCACCAAACGUUCCAAACUUUUCGCGUCAACUUUCGUUGCGAUCAUACUCGGAUGCUCCCGUAGAGCGGUCCAUUGAGACGAAGAGCACUCACUUGGCGCCAAUGAAGCCAAUGGGAUUCGCACCGCUCAAGUCACCCGUUGCAUUGACAUUCAACAUUCCUUCGUACAGCACGCAACAAGACCGGGACGAUGACUAUGAAAUUAAAUCUCCAGUAAAGACGUCUUUCGAUUUGCCGUGGCCUUCAGAGUACGACGAGCCAGAACCUUCAUUGUUGGCACCAAAAGCUCAAGAUUCUUUCUACCUUGGCGCGCCUCCCAAGUCCCCGAUGUUCCCUCCCCCACGUCUGACCUUGCCAAAGUCAAGAAGCGAUCGCAGUGAGAAGCCGUGCGGCUUUUUACCGUUUCGCCCUGCUCAAGAAGCAGAUCAAUCGGCGCAGUCGGAGACGUUCGCCCGCACUGAGAACCCACCUGCCCUUGAGCAAGCCUCUAAACUGGCCUCUCCGACGUUUGGCUCGUUUCCUGAAGUUGCGUUCAGUCCCAGCCGUGUGCUAGACACAGGAUCGAAGUCUCCAAGAGCCGCGGAAUUCCACAUGGCUCCGCUAAGACCCACGACUGCUGAUGAAGAUCCGUUUGGAUUGACAUCUCCAACAAGGAGAGAUUUUUCAUCCGGUAACCCAUUCGACAACCUGGCGAGCUCUCAACACUUUGGAUGCGACGAUCGACGUCCGGCAUUCCAAGCCAUCCUCCCACCUUCACACCAGACCUUCAACGGCUUUGCUUCACUCGAUGGACACGCACGCACUCCGUCGAACCAAACGUUGGAACAACCUCUGGCUCCAAUACAAGCGCCUCCCCCGAAACGUAAACUCAACAUUGACUCGCGCGUUGACAGCUUGAGUGCUUUUCCAGAGACCAACGUCAUCGCUGCCACUCCGACGCAGGCCUCUAAUCAAGUGAUGCCACCAGAGAGGCCCCAGACACCGCGAACCAAGGAGUUUCUAGCGACCCCUGCCAAAGCGAUUCGUACACGAUUCUCAGCGCCGAACAUGAAAGAGCAAAGACAGUUGUCGAAGCUUCAGUCCGAGAUGGAGUCUAAACUAGCGAACAGACCUGAGGCUCCCCAGCAAGCGAUGGAUGACCUGGAUGCAUUGAUGUCGCCGCGUGCCGAAGAGUUUACCAGGAAUCCCUUUCACCUUGAUCUACGUCCCUCGGCCGAGGAGGUCAGCCCUGCCUCUUCCGAUGAGACGAUCAAAGAUGAAAAGAACAGUCACACCUGGAGCAAGGCACCGCGACCAUGGACGCCUGAGAAACUCACAGUCGAUCCUAGAAGUCCAGCGCAAACAGGCAGUAGUCCCAUUGUGCGAAACAUCUGGGACGUGUUAUGA